CUCCCAUUCUCUCCAAUCACCGGGACACUCGCAGCUUCUGCAGAAGAAGAACUGCAAGAGGCAACAGGAUGAAGGUUGUGCUGCUGAGUCUGGUGCUUGGUCUGGUUUAUUCCCAGGAACCUCAACCUGAACAAUAUCCCUCACAGAUUUCAGGAGAAUGGAGAACACUUUAUGGUGCAUCCAGUAACCAAGAGAAGAUCAGUGAGAAGGGCCCAUUCACGAUUUAUUUCCGUAGCAUUUAUUUUGACAGUAAAAAGGACAACAUAAUAUUUAACUUUUUUGUCAAGUCAGUCUCCCAAAGCAAUAGAAAUCCUGUUUUUAUACAAGAAGAACUUGCUUUUGAUAAACACAUUUGA